UUAUUUAAAUCCGAUAAUACACUUAACAUUAACUUAGCCGUUUAGGUAUAAGAUUUAACCGAGUUUAUAACCGAGAGCACGUCUAUAAUCGUACGUAGUCGCAGUUGCGUGAAUUCACCGGAACGACGAACACAUGCCAAACCGUGUGUCAGAUUAUAAACGUCACAAAUAGUUCGAACGCCGCCACGAGUGCGCAUGUGCACACGCGAAGCCGUCUGUUUACGACGUUUUGACAACCAUACGGUCGGCAGCGCGUCCGCAACACGUGCGUCCCCCAACUGAAAGAAAACGAUCGAAUCAAAUUUAAUUCAAUAACAGUGCGCAUGCUGAACGUUUCGGUGCGAUCGAAAUUUCGUGUGGAUAAAUUUAGUUUGGUUGCGAGUUGGAGACGUGGUCGCUUGUGCGGCUGCGCCUAACGUUUCCGUUCACCCCGGUCCGUGGGCAGCCGCCCCCCCACCUGUCUGGGCGUUCGCGCCCAACUUGUCCUUGUGCAGUCGAUGCCCGGGUGACCGGCGGCCGUACUUGCGUCAGUCAACGGAGUUGAACUUUAUGUUCUAGAAACUGGUGUUAGCAAGUCGUUGCCAUAGUUACUGAUAACUAACUGGUUAGGAUGUGUCAAACUACGUCGAGUGUAUCCCCGUUAAUGGCUACGCCAGCAAAGUCGUUGGAGACAAAAUGGGACAUGUUAUUUGAUAAACAACGGAAGGACUGGAUCGCCUUCACGCCAAAACUGGGCAUAACAGUGUAUUGCUGUUACUCGUGCGGUGUAGUGUUUUCCUCCAAGAGAUCGUUCCAAGACCACAUAAACAGGCGUACCCACAUUCUAACAUACAAAUGUACCAACUGUUCUGGUUCUUUGACGUUUUACAAUCGUUGUUCGUUGUUGUUGCACACCAGAAAUCACUAUUCGUUAGAUGAAGGUGUUGUAAACUUAUCCAUGUUGGAGAUUAAGACGUUGCCGUUUGGCAUGGGUGGAUUUCUGCCGCUCCCCAACGUGCCACCCAUCUAUACCGACGACAGAGAUAACGUCAGGAACACCACGUACAUCAACACCCAAUUUUACCACCCUUCACCGACGCAGAGGGGCAAAGAAAUGGUCCAUUUAAAGCCUAGGGAGGUGUACUUCUGCAAAAACGUCUCGGGGGAGUUCACCCUGGCGUUAAAACAAACCUCCACCAAGUCCCCCAAGUGCGUAAUCAUACACAUCGAGCAGCAGAAGAAGCUGAGAGGCCAGCACGUCCCUCAAGCGGUGCAGGUCAAGGAGGAGCCCCCGGACAGCCCGCCACUGCCCGUCAUCUCGAAAAUCGAGUCCCUGAACUCCAACACCGACAAACAGGUCGCCACCACGUUGUCGAACCAACCCACCUGCCCGGAGUGCCACGAACCCCAACGUAGGCCGAUGACCGACCACUUCCUGGGCCACAACGUGCCCAACGAGAUCUACAGCUGCAAAGAUUGCAAGUUCAUAGCGUCCACGGCGUGCUCGUUGAGCGCCCACAAACGCAUACACGACUUCGGCAGCCCCUUCGUCUGUCCCGAGUGCGGUAAGUGCUUCGUCGACUUCAACGACCUGCGGCUCCACAUGGACGACGUAUGUUUCCACCUGGUAAAAAACAUUAGGUAUAGGUGCCCCGGACGUAACUGCGGCAAGCUGUUCGCCAUGCAGCAGACGUACGCGGCCCACUUCGAAGUCCACAUGCAGACCAUGCUGAUAUGCAGCGUGUGCAAGGCCGGCUUCCACUCCGAGGAGGACUUCAAGAAGCACGAGAAGGCGCACUCCGAGUCGUGCCACCUUAUGAAAGGCUCCAUGUGCACGGUGUGCACCAACCCCAAGCUGACCUUCAACGAGGUGGCCCACAAGCAGCACAUACUGUGGCACACCAAGGACCGGAAGAGGUGCAUGUACGUGUACAUGUGCAAGAACUGCAGGAGCUACUUCAGGUCCACCACCACCUACAUAACCCACUUGAUGAAGUGCACCAAAACGGGUAGCGUGCCCUUAAGGCUGAGCAAGGGGGUCGAAAUCAUCAAAUACGUGAACAACAACUGCAUGCUGUGCAACGUGGUCAUCGUAUCGAGGGAGCCCAGCGCCAACGCUCUUUGCAUCAAGUGCAAGAACCUGAAGUUCAACACGAUGAGGUGCUCGAAGUGCAACGAGAACAUAACGUACCACGAGGCCAACGUCAAGCCGCGCUGCACCAAGUGCAACCACAUCAACCUCAUCGAGUCGAAGAAGUUCGCCUGCCUGCUGUGCAACAAGAUGAUCCUGAAAGAGGAGCAGGCCGCCCACAAGCGGUACUGCAAGUACGGCGAACCGGUGGUGAUGAUGCCCAGGGUGAAAAUCGAGCCUUCGGUCGAGAUGGCUCUGAGCACCUCCAGCGACGAGACCAGCAGGGACUCGGAGACCAAACGCAAGUCCGAGUCGCCCGAGGAGUCGUCGAGGAAGAAGCGCAAACGCAUGUCGGUGAGCAAGCCUAAGAAGCCGAAUGUGAACGGCGACGGGGAGAAGGAGUUGCAGGCGGAGAAGCCCAUUGUGUUCAACGGCGUGUACCGGUGCAGGCUGUGCUAUCACAAGGAGGAGCGGCGGGAUGCGUUCCACAAGCACAUACUCAAGCACAGGGACAUCCAAACUUCUUAUCAGUGCAUGGAGUGCGGCGAGUGCUUCGUGGUUAAGCCGUCGUUGACGAAGCACCUCGUCCACUACCACAACAUCAUGGAUCCUGAAGAGUAUUUGCAGCAGAACAAUUGCUACGACCAUAAGGCGGUCAAACAGUUGUCGGAGGUGUUGAAGCUGGCGCCGGGAGAAAGCAAAGACGUUAAGGAGAAUCAAUGCUGCGUCUGUCGGGAGGAGUUCCCCAAUAAGACAGUGCUGAAUCAACAUUUCCGGAUUCAUGGCAUGGCUUUCCUGAGGAUGAAAAUGACUUGAAAGUUGACUGAUUUAUAAAUUAGUUUAGAUUUUUUAUUUGAAGUUAAGAAUAAAUGUUAUCUUUUUUAAUUAAAGAGUAUUAUUUUAGA